CAGGGAGAGUUUUUCCAAAAAGAGCACCCCUGCCUCUGUGCCCUGAGGUUCCCCUAGGAUGCACCCUGGCUUUCUCUGGCCAGGGUGAUGGCCACAAGCAUCCAAUCUUCAUCCAACAGGUAAUGAUUUCUUCUGGACUUUGAAUUGGAAGCCCCAAUGGAAACCCCAGGAGGCCCCCCAGUGAUAGGAGAGGAAGAAGUGGAUACCAUGUAGAUAUGUCGGGGAAAGCACCAGGAGAGAGCACCCAACAAUGAAUAGCUGGGUAAACAGAAGAAAUUUGCGGGGGACAGGGAGGAGUGUGACCAAAAGCCACCCUAAAAAAUAAACCAAAAAUAAACCAUUAAAAAAAAAAUCACUAAAUACAUUCCUAAACUGCACCUGCUGUAAUUUGAGUUCAAGGGGGUAAAAUUGUUAUGAGGUGCCUCCUAGCACCUUUUGCUAAUAAUAAUGGAUUUACGUAUUAUGAGUCUUAAAUGCAGUAUGUAACAUAAACAUAACAUCAUUCAUCAUGGUACAUUACAAAAGUGAAAAAAACCUAGGGAAUAUCUCUAGCUAGAAAAAGCCGAUAGUCUUCCCUUCCUUCUCACUGCUGUUUCUCUUCAGCACACUGAAAUAAAGCAGUAUAGUAAACUGUACAGCACAAGUCUACAAACACUUUGGUUGCCAGCAAUGCUACUUUUCUGCAUCAAGGGGAGGGGCUGUGCUGUCUGGCCAGGAAGAUGUAAAAUUCAUCUUCCUCUAUAAGACCCUUAUAGGGACACAGACUCCUUUACAAGGAAGUGGAAAGUACAUUCAAAUGAGGAACUGAUCAUUGUCUUCUGGACUCAAUUUCUGUGUUCCCAGAUCUGCUACCCCGGAGGCAGCUGAGAGAGUGCUGAAAGCUUGGGAACUUUUGUGGAGUCAUCUUGCUGGAUCUGUUUCUCUUUGCAGUUUCUUUUUUUGCAUUUGCAGACAACUCCCUAGGGUCUGCAAUGGAUCUGGAUGCAGAGACUGAACCCCUGCUAGACAGAGAUGCAGGGGAGGCCAGCUCUUCCCAGUCCACCACAGCAGGAAUCACAGUGUAUCAAGAAAUACAGACACCCCUUGAGGUGCCAGCCCUGACAGCCCACGAGACUCACCACAUCUUCAUCAGUUACAGCAGCACAGACGCAGCCUGGGCCCGGGGACUGAUUCAGAAGCUGGAGGCCACCCUUCCUGAGCUGAAGGUGUGUUUCCAUGAGCGGGAUUUCAUGCCAGGCAAAACCAUAAUUGAGAACAUGGUUGAGUCCAUCCAGGGAAGCCAGAAGAUCCUCUUAUUCCUUAGCCCAGACUUUGUCCAGAGCAGGUGGUGCUUGCUGGAGGCCAACCUGUCCAUCUUCCGAGACUGCAUUGAAAGGAAGCCUGUGAUCCCUGUCAUGCUGCAGACCUGCUCUGUCCCACUGCACCUCACCCACCUCACCUACCUCGAUGCCAGUGAUGUGCACUUCUUUAAGAAAGUCAGCAAGGUGAUCUGCACUCCCAAUCACCAGAUGCAGAAUGCCACCAUGGUGCCUUACAACCCCCCAUCCCUCUACAACGGGAAAGCUCUGCUGACUUUACAUGCAGUUAAUGAGGGCUUCCUACUGAAACGGUCAGGGGGUAUAUUCAGUGAUGUAGUCCCUGACCAGCUGAGCAUGGUGAGUGAUGAUCCUGUGUCAUACAGGGCAUCCAUCCAGAUGAUUAAUGAGAUUUCCUCUAGGACAGUCCCUUGUUCUCCUGCCAUCUGUUUUUUUGUGACUUGUGCCUGUCUGCUUGUCACCUUAAUAUCUUCCUUUUUUAUCAUUCUCAACAGAAGUCUGGACAAUUCUUCAUUUGAGUCGGAGCGUGAUUCAGUUGGGUAUAUGUUGCUCGCUCUGAUCGUAUUCACUAUUGUUGCACUUGGCAGCUGCAUUUACCACUACACAGCUAAAUUACCUAAUGUGAAACUUCUUGAAAUGUCCCAAGCUGCUGGCUUGGCCAACUACCUGCUGCAGAAGAGCUCCCUACUGAUGGGGUGUGCAUCCCGCGUGGAACUUCAUUUUGUCUACAUGUCCCUGGAGGGGUGUAGGAAGGAGUUUGCUGACACCUUCGGGGAAAGCAGCCCCUCUGCUGAAGAGAUGUUCCAAAGAGCCCUGCAUUAUUUCUCCUCUGAUUAUGCCUGCUGUGUAGCCAAGAUGUAUUUCCACUUCUCCUGGGCAAGGGGCAUGCCAGGGCACUGGGAUAAGGGGCCUUGUUUCUGCCAGUUUGUUUCUCACUGUGUGAGGGAAGGGUCCUGGUAUUGGAAUGCUUCUUCUCACUCAGAAAGGAGAGUGAGAGAGAGAUAGGAUUUGAUUCAAAAUGGGGAUAUAGACGCCAGACAUGAAAUUUGUUCUGGUGCUGGUUAUUUAAAUACCUACCCCUUCUUUGUUAAGGAUGAAAUCUUUGUGCAUGGGGGAAGAAAGAAUUCUCCUCUAGUUCCAUUAUCCCAGCAAGGGAACAAUAUGCCUGAGGCCAAGCCAGGGACCCUCAGACAACCUUCCUGCUAUACAUUCAGGUGUCAGAGUGUGGGCUAUUGAUGUGUCUAACUGAAACACCACAAGGACAGGUACAGAUUCAGGACUCAGAUUAAGUAUACAUUAGAGAUAUGUGUCUACAGCUGUAUGGGCUGACUGUUCAAAAUAAAAACAAUAUGUGGUAGUCUGGGAAAACAGAGCAAAAUUUGCAGGUCAAGGCUACCAAUAUUGGGCUAGACCAUAUACAGAUAAUAAUUUUUUUGUAAAGUGCUAAUAGUAGUUAAAUGCAACAACUGCAGUAACUUGGGGCAUUUGUACCUAUGCAAGCUCCACAGUGCUGGGUGCUUUGAGAACUGCGUUGCUUGCAGUUGUAUACGCCGCAGAAUGCGUAUCCGCACUGAGAAAAUGGCAGUGGUAUGCUGUUGAACUAAAAUACAUAGAUGUUUCAGUUCAAAAGCGCACCACUGCCAGUUUCUGCGCACUGAGACACAUUUUGCCACUUAUACAACUGCAUGCAGUGCAGCACAGUUCACAUCAGCUCACGUGGGGAGCAGACUCGAUUAAUUGAAGCUGUUCCAAAGCAGCAGAUCUAUAGCAUGUUGUGGGAUAAAUAUGUAUGUGUAUAAAUGUUCUUGAUGUUUAACCUUUUGAUAAAAAUGAUAUGUAACCAGCUAGAAUUCUGUUGAGAUGAUAGUGUGCUCCUGUUGAGUGGAUAUGGUAAAGAGGAAGUGUAAACCCGCAUUGCCAGCCUUGACCAUUUUUCAAGGGGCCUCAAUUACGCCACGGAAGCAUGACUGAAGUAGAGGGCUCAGGGCUUUUUUUUUUUAAUGAAGGCAAGAGUGAACCUUUGUGGACUUGACAACUGGCCUGUUCCACAGAGGUCAACUUAAACAGAGCAAAAGUCCCAAAGGGAAGCAUUAUAUAAAUACCUUUAUAAUAAUCCAAAUAUAGUUUAUCAUAGCUUUAGAAAUUAUUGGCAGUAAUAACUGAAGUAAUCAACUAUGAGAUCUAAUCUUGCUAUAAUGAAUAUAUUUGUGUUAAGCUCCUUGAAUAAGAUGCAAAAUCAAAGCAGCCCUUUUAGUGAAAAUCAUAAAGCAAGGUGAAGUCAAAACAAGACAGGGACAAGCAGCAUUUCAGGAUGGUGAAGGACAGUGGUCAGAAAUCAUCCCUUCCAGAAUUGUAAUUUUCACAAGGACACAAAUCUCAAAUCCCUGACAACUACUAGUCUAUAUAUAUAUAUUUUUUUUUUAAAGGAAAAAAAUCUGAUUCUGUCCAGUUCCCAAAGUUUCAGUUAAACAAAGACAUUGGAAUAAACCGAUCGGAGACUGUUUAAUCAGAAUUAGCCUUGCAUAAAUAUAUGGUAUAGAAUCAAGGGAAAUAGAAGAAUUCUAAAAAUUCAAGACAACCUGCCAGUCUGUGUCCUUUCCUGAUUUCUGUCCUGCCCUCAACCACCCCACCACUUUCCUAAGUCUCCCCAGAUGGUAUAGGUACGAAUCUGUAUUCUUCUGUUGUAGGUAGCUAGAUAGAACUGGGAUAUAUUUGUUGCUGUGCUUUGGGGUAUAAACAAUAAAAAACUUGGGCCAUAAACCCA